ACCCAAUUACAAGCACAUCAACAAUUGGAUGAUCAGCUGCCACAUUUGUUAUUUUACUGCUGCAAAUGGCUACUGGACCAUACUGGAGACGGUGCCCUAUUCCAUAGCCAGUGCCACGAGCCAGAAUCAUACACUAAGCACUGCCCAAUCCCUGAGCUCGGGUAAUGCCAGCAGUCUAUUGUCGGGCGCAACAGUUGUUGUGGAGCUGCCGCCCGAUGAUCUGGGUAAUCCCGUUGGCAACAUACAGUAUACGAUUCCCGCGCUGACCAAAAAUGCCACCACAAAUACUAAUACCAGCAGCUUGCACAAGCCACAGGCCACCACCAUACAAAUUGUGAAGCAGCAGCAACAACAGCGGCAGCAACUGUCGCUGCAGCAAUGCCUGGAUGUGCGGCAGCAGCAACAACAACAACAACAACAGCAGCAGCAGCAUCAACAGUCGCAAACGCGUCAGGAGUACAUCAAAAUAGACACGUCCCGACUGGAGGACAAAAUGCUGCUCCGCGAUGUGAUGCAAUAUGGUGCCACUAGCAUCUCCAUGGCGCCCAGUACGGGCAGCGAGGUGGUCACCACCACAGUGGUUGCCACACACGAGUCCGAGCUGCUGCUAACCGACGCUGAUGAGGCGGAACGCGAACUCGAACUGGAGGCCAUCAAAAAUAGCCAGCAUGAGGACCUGUUAAACGAUGAUGAUGACUAUGUGGACAAGCUGCAUUGUGGCGAAGAAGCAACGCAUCAGGGGGACAAGCUGUAUGUGAAUGGAUUGAGCGGAGUGCACACCACCAUGGCACUGCACCAUGUCACCAAUGAGCUGGCCAUCGAUGAUGCCAAAUAUGCGUGCAACGUGUGCGGCAAGACGUACAAAAUCAAAGGCUCGCUCAAGCGCCACAAGAACUACGAAUGCGGCGUGGAGCCAACUCUCAAGUGUCCGCAUUGUCCGCACAAAUGCAAAUACAAAUCGGAUUUGCGCAAACACAUGAAUCAAAAACACUCCGAAAAUGGCGAUACGCUGCUCCUAAGCAAUUAGAGGGUAAGGGAGGGAUAAAUGGGCAGGCCUGAAGAAUCUCCAAAUGCAAUUUAAAUGAACUAGAAUCUUCUGAAAGAAUAAUAAGGAAAAAUAAGUUUCAAAACAAUUUUUAAAAAAUUCAAAGUUAUUAUUUUUAACUAAAAUUUCAGAGUUAUAUACAUUUCAAAUUCCAAGCCAAGUUUUUUAGCCCAAGUGUUGUCUCUUUCAACAGGCCUGUCCACAUUUUAAAAUGUCCACUGCAGUUAUAUUAUAUGAAAUAGCAUUUGUUGUUGUCUUACUUUUAGGUACAUAUAUACACGUUUUCAUCUGACUAUUUCAAAGGGUGUGUAGUGUUUUGUAAUAUAGCCAAAGAUAUGAUCUCAAACAUAAACUUGAAGAAAUUACAUAAUAUUAAAGUUAGUCGCAUAAGUUUUAAACGAAUUUCAUUAGCCAAAAAAAAAAGAACAGAAAAAAAACACAAUUUCCACAUAGUUGAAUUGAAUUGCUCAAGUGCAGCCCCAAAAUUCAAGUGUAAGUACACAAAUACAUAUAUAUACUAUAUAUACGUAAUAUAUAGCACACACUUCCUAUGUGCAAAACAGUCGUUAGUAAUUUUAAAA